CGCAGCCACCAUUUCGACCUUCCGUCACAAGAACAAUUCCUCCUUGGCCACAACCUAUUCCUUUUCCUACAGACAUUUAUACCUUACAUUCUGGCUUCGACAUGUCCUAGCGGCCACUGAAUGCCUUUUUCAGCUUCGGGCCAUGCAGCAACAACAUUACAACCCUCACAACCAUCCGAGAUGGAAAGCCGAGGCCCCUCGAGACUGCUUGAGGAACCACUCCCUCACACGUCACCAAAACAGAGCACUUUCACCAGGAACGAUGGCGCGGUGACAUCAACAGGCCCUGCUCCUCGUGAACCCAAACGGCUGGACAAGCAGAGUUUAGAUUAUAUUCUGCGCAGUGGCCUUGCAGGUGGUCUAGCAGGAUGCGCAGCCAAAACUGUCGUCGGACCCCUCGAUCGAGUCAAGAUCCUCUUCCAAGCCUCGAAUCCUCAUUUCGCAAAAUAUACUGGGAGCUGGCUAGGCGUCUUCAUAGCCAUGAACGACAUCAAUAAGCAAGAGGGCAUCCGAGGUCUCUACCGUGGACAUUCAGCUACUUUGCUCAGAAUCUUUCCCUACGCUGGAAUCAAAUUCCUUGCCUACGAGCAAAUAAGAGCAGGCGUCAUCCGCCAUAAGGAUCAAGAAACACCCAUUCGUCGUUUCUUGUCAGGAUCGCUGGCGGGCAUUACGUCGGUCUUUUUCACAUACCCGCUGGAGGUGGUUCGAGUACGGAUGGCCUUCGAAACGAAACGUGAUUCUCGGUCAUCCCUGAGCAGGAUAUGUCAGCAGAUCUACCAUGAGCAACCUCCUCAGCCAGGAACAUUGGCCGGACACAAUCCGCUUGAGGUUGCGUCCAAUGUCGCACUCAAAGCAACACCAAGGUCUGGUCUGGCCAACUUUUACCGUGGCUUUUCUCCAACAUUGUUAGGAAUGCUGCCAUAUGCAGGAAUGUCCUUUUUAACGCACGAUACAAUCGGCGAUCUUUUUCGACUUCCAGCUCUGGCACCGUACACUGUUCUACGGUCUACUGCUGUGGCGCCCGCCCCACCACACACAGGCUCGGACAAUCCUAGCACCUAUCAUCGCAGCCAGUUGACUGCUCCAGCGGAGCUGACAUCUGGUGCUCUAGCAGGGUUAGUAUCUCAGACCGCCUCUUACCCACUGGAGGUAAUUCGACGAAGGAUGCAAGUCGGCGGUGCUGUGGGUGAUGGUCAUAGGUUGAGCAUACUCGAGACAGCGCGUCGAAUAUGGCUGGAGAGAGGCUGGAGAGGUUUCUUUGUUGGUCUGUCCAUUGGUUAUAUGAAGGUUAUUCCCUUGGCGGCAACAAGUUUUUAUGUUUACGAACGUGGAAAAUGGUGGUUGGGGAUAUGAACGACCAAAACACAAAAUGACCCUCGAGAUUUGUUCGAGAACUCGUCGCAGCCCACCGACACCAACUUGGCUCGGGAAAAGCCCUUCGCGAGAGGAAGCGGCAGGACGCUAAGCCUUGUGUCGGGCACACCCUGCAGCUUUCGUGCUCGUGCUGGAAUUCGCCUUGACGAUGCAACAUGCGACUUCGAAACUCAAAGAUUUCUUCGCUGGUUGAGUACCCGAAGGACUAAUGGCUCUGGAAGAACAAAGGCAAUGAAGCCAAAGAACAGGUCAAAUGGACCGGCCUCUGCCCAGUGUCUUCGUCGCGUCAACCGUCGCCUUCAUGGUUGGACGUAGUAGGAAUACAAGCCGGGCCGUUGCACAACUCACUGCUGCUGCGUGGAAGGCUUAGACAACCCUACAAACAGCGGGAUGAUCCUGGGCAGAGUAUCAGAACGGACAUAUGUGGAUGACCCAAUGGAUUACAGACCCGAUGGAUGAAAAGCGCACAAGGCGCUGCGCUAUAUGGACAACCGUUUCUUGUUCAGUUGCUCGCUGCUUCAUCUUCCAUCACUUUGUGUGAACCGCAACCGGUAUAGGAGAAUAUAUACGGAGUAUACCGACAAACAUAUCUAGUUGAAAGAGACCGCAACUCAGCCUGUGGUCAUGGCGAAGCACUAUUUUGACAAUGCAAUACGGUCUCCUUGAGGAUCUUGCCGUGGCUUGAC